AUGCAGCCCUUCGGGACGCACUAUGUGAUGGUCAGGCCUCUGUUUUCAGAGGAUUCCUUUGCAGAACAGCACGAGAGGAUCAACAGGAACCGCAAAACUCUACGGCACCAUCUGAAAGACUACUUCACCUUUAGCAAAUUAUGUUUUUAUGGUGUACAUUGUAGUUGUGAUAUGAAUCGUGCGAAGAACGCAGCUCUUUCCUUUCUUCCCAUCAUUGGAUGGAUGAAGAACUACAACAUUAAAGAAUGGCUGCUGGGUGACAUUGUUUCAGGCAUCAGCACUGGACUAGUGGCAGUGCUACAAGGACUUGCAUUUUCCUUGCUGGCCUCCUUACCACCAGGAUAUGGACUGUAUACUGCAUUCUUCCCUGCAAUAGUCUACUUCUUCUUGGGCACCUCAAGACACCUGUCAGUAGGGGCUUUUCCUAUUCUGAGUCUAAUGGUGGGCGCUGUUGUCACACGACUGGUGCCUGAUGAGGGACCCUCAGCAAACAUCACUGGAUUUGAAGGGUUGUGCCUGGAACAGCAGAGAGUUCUAGUUGCUUCCUCGGUUACUUUUCUCAUGGGCGCAUUUCAGCUCAUAAUGGGGCUGCUGCAGGUGGGCUUUAUUGUCAUGUAUCUGUCAGAUACUCUGGUGUCAGGAUUCACCACUGCAGCUGCCGUUCACAUUUUGGUAUCCCAGCUCAGGUUUGUGUUGGGACUGGACUUUCCUGGUAUAAACGGGCCACUUGCCAUUGUAUAUACUUUGGUGGAGGUUUUUAGCCGAAUCACUAACACGAAUGUGGCCGACCUGGUGACAUCUAUUGUGAUCAUGUCACUGGUGCUUAUUGUGAAGGAGAUCAAUGACAGAUUCAAGUCGAAACUACCUGUGCCGAUACCUAUAGAAGUCAUCAUGACUGUUAUUGCCUGUGGAGUCUCUUAUGCGUUCAACUUCGAGGAGCGAUUUGAUGUGGUCGUGGUUGGGGAGAUGGUGAACGGAUAUGAAUCCCCGGUUGCUCCAAACCUGGAAGUCAUUGAGGAGAGUGCAGUGGAGGCCUUCCCUAUGGCCAUAGUAGGAUUUGCUGUGGCUUUCUCAGUAGCUAAAAUCUACUCCGUCAAGCACGACUAUACGAUUGAUGGGAACCAGGAGCUCAUUGCAUUCGGGGUAAGCAACAUGUUUGGGGCAUCUUUCCGGUCAUUUGCCGCCAGCACAGCACUUUCUAGGACGGCUAUACAAGAGAGCACUGGAGGGAAGACGCAGAUAGCUGGAGUUCUUUCAGCCAUGAUGGUACUGAUUGUGAUUGUCGCAGUAGGAUUUCUCCUUGAGCCGUUGCCCAGGUCUGUUCUAGGUGCUCUGGUCAUUGUUAAUCUGAAAGGCAUGCUGAUGCAGUUCAGAGAGCUGCCGUUCUUAUGGAAGAAUGACCGGCCUGACUUUGUGACCUGGGUGGUGACCUUCCUGGCCUCCCUUUUUCUGGGUUUGGAUCUGGGGUUGGCUGUUGGUCUUGGGGCAGAAUUGUUCACUGUGGUCUGCAGGACUCAAUUCCCACGCUGUUCCGUCCUGGCCAAUAUUACAGGAACUGACAUCUACAGGGAUCGCAAAGACUACAUCUCUAUUUCUGAACCUGACGGAGUAAAAAUAUUCAAAAUCCCCUCGCCCAUCUUCUUUGCUAACAUUGAUUUCUUCAGAGAUAAACUGGUCCAAGCAGUGGGGUUUAGUCCCCUAAGAGUGUUGAAGAAAAGGAACAAAGCUCUGCGAAAGAUCAGAAAAAUGCUGCGUAAUGGAGAGCUGGAGGUGUCAGAUAGAGGCCUUAAGGUGAGACAACCAUCAAUUACCACGUCAGAGGAUGACAGCAACAUGGAGAGUCUGGACCAGCCCACUGACUUCUCUGGCCUUCCAGUCCAGGUGAACUGGAACACAGAACUUCCUGCCAACAUCUCUGUCCCUCCUGUGAACAUGCACAGUUUGGUCCUGGACUUCUCUGCUGUAUCAUUCCUAGAUAUAUCUGCACUCAAGAGUCUUAAGAUGAUGCUAAAAGAGUUUAUACGAAUCGAGGUGGACGUCUACAUAGUUUCAUGCGAUGUAUACAUCAUGGAGAAACUUAAUCAAUGUACAUUUUUUGAUGACGAGAUUAAGACUUCCAUCUUUUACCCCACACUACAUGACGCCGUGCUGCACAUUCUGGAGAAGCAUCUAGAUCAUGGAGAACUAGAAAAGGAUAUCAACAUAAACUACAGAGAGACGAAAUAA